GUUGCCUGGGCCAAAAUCAGGGGAUGAGUGAGGGUGUCGACAUGGAACAAGGCUGAGCAUUUUAGUUGCCAACCCACCUAUAUGCUUGUGUAGAUAUACAUAUACAUAGUAAGGUACUGUAUAGCAAGGCAAGGUACCUUGGCUAGAGUUCUUUUGCUUCUUAGAACGUCAGCAGUCUUGUUGCAUGUGAAGCACCGGCUCUUCGCUCUUGACUUUUUGUCACACGACAGUUUCUCAUAACGUCAGUUGUCUUGCUUCCAUAUUCGGGCUCAUACCUAUCUAAGUGCCUACCUAGUAGGUACCUACCAAGGCACCUACUGAAAUACCUUACCUUACCGAUAGAAGGUACCUAAGCUGAACAAAGGACAGGCCAAAACCUCGAGUCUCCCAACGUUUACCUCCAUACCACUUCCAACAACUACCUACCGCCUAUUUCAAUGCUCAAUGAAUACUUACCAACGUUAAUUCCUCACAUACACCCAUAGCACCACGACUAUGGGUGCUACUCAGUACUAUCGCUCUCAGAUUGGCGAAGAGUCCGUCAUCGACUACUCUCAUACCGACUUUCCCUUCAAGCUUCUCGCCAAAGACGUAUACUAUUUCUUCGUCUAUGUAUGGGCACUGCCAUGGGUCAUCUGGCCCGUCUAUCCCUUCAAAUGCAAGGUUUUCGAUGAGCUCUAUCCAUCCCCUCAGAACGUAUUCUGCGUUGUCGUCCACUUGGUUCUCUUCUUCCUGCAGCUAGGGUUCAUCAUAGCCCUGCCAUUCUCUGUUGUGUUUCCAGUCUGGAUGGCGGCAACAGGUAUUGCUGGGUUCAUGUUUACCAACUGGCUCAUCUGCAAGCUUCUCAAUGGUAGUAAGGAAACUUAUACCUCGGAUGAAAAGUACGCCGAGGCUCGGCCUGAGCACGCCCAUGAACAAUGGGUUUUCUUGAACGGCGUCGCUGUUGGAGAACAUUGGAUGCAGUCAAAUUUGAACCGGCUUGCACUGACCUUUGGCCGGCCUAUCCUUGGUAUUCACAACCAGACUCGCGGAAUAAUAUUUGAUGUUGUUGAAUGCCUGAUACAGCGCAAUUUUGGCUACGCAACUGGGGAUGUCAGAAUUUGCUUCAGACUUCUCAAAGACAUCCUAUAUGAUGAAAGCAAAUCCAAAGUCGUCUUCGUGCUACACUCCCAAGGAGGAAUCGAGGGAGGUCUGGUUCUCGAUUGGUUGCUCCAGGAGCUGCCACAAGAUCUAAUGUCUAAACUCGAGGUUUAUACCUUUGGAAACGCAGCCAAUCACUUCAACAAUCCUCAUCGUCAUCGGUCUUCGCAGAUGCUGGCUCGCCUCAAGCCCCUAUCUGCGAUGAGCACCGUUCUUACCGAGUCCUCUUUCGACUCUCCUUCUAGCAGCCCACUCGAAGCUAAGGAUGACCUGGCCCUAAAGACUCGCAAUCCGGUCAGGAAAGAAUCUUCUGGCGUGUCGACUCGAUCUAUUUCCGCUGCCAAAGACAGGUGUAUCUUGCAUGUGGAGCACUAUGCCAAUAGUACAGAUUUUGUUGCCAUAUGGGGCAUACUGCAUUUUGCAACGAACAGGAUGGAAUCGCGAGAACUCCCACGGUUUCAGGGGCGAUUGUUCUCUCGGGCAGAUGGCCGCCACGGUGGCCACCAGAUGAAUCAGCAUUACCUAAACGCCAUGUUCCCUUUGAAGAAGGAUGCUGAGACUGGAGAGUAUGUGGGAGCUGAUGAAGACAAUGAGUUCAUGAAUGAGGCCAUCAAGGUCGGUGAAGAAGGCAGUGCCUCUGCCAACGCGAGAGAAGCCUUCGAAAUAUCAUGGGCUGGGACGCAGGGAUUUGGGUCUGGCGAUGCUUCAACUCCGAUUGAGGUUCAUGGGAUCUCAAACAAAAUCAAGGAGGCUAGUGACGACCACAGAAUCCGUGUGAAGGAUGUGAGUCGUUUGUGGAGUUACAGAAAUGGCCGGAGUCCUGUAGAGUUACCCCCAAUGCUUGUCUCUGAGAACGGUGUGCCUAGAACAGCAACUCUAUGAGCUUGGGAGGGGGCAACAUAAGCAGAUAAGGGACAUAAAGAAGAGGCAAAGCAUUGAGAAGUGCCACACCCAGUAUACUUGUAUGAAUAUACCCUAACGCCAGUCAUGAUGGUAUUGUUUUAGUUUGAGAACACAUGGCCGUAACGCGGUCUUUCAAAUCUAAUUUUUAUCCUUUGUACAUCAUAUAAUACAUGCUUGCUUGCAGCCGGG